GUUCAUUGAUUCAUUUCAUUCCGUAUUUGUUCAUGAUUCCUGUAUUAACCAACGCAUGAAUAAUAUCCCAUUAAAAACUUUAAAAAUUGUUUGUUUGAAGAUGCCUUCUAAGGAGAAAACCUUCAAAGUGAACGAUUUUGUUUGGGCCAAAGUUGCUGGAUACCCGUACUGGCCAGCAGUAGUAUUGAAACCGAAUCCACUAUCUGUUUGCAAAAGUAAAAAGGAAUCUUAUUGGAUAUACUUUUUUGGCGCAAACAACUACGCUUGGGUCAAUGUAAAAUUCGUAAAACCCUAUGAAGAAAAUAAGAAAAAGUUUCUGGAAGGAUGUUCAGAGAACAUUUCAGUUGCGAACAAGGAAUUAAUUUCAAAUAAAAAAAGAUUAGCGAGUGACCCUAAUUAUGAAAUUGCGGUUAUACCCUUUAUUGCAAAAGAGAAGAAAACCAGAGCAAAGAGAUCAAGAUCUAGAGCUUCAAGUGCAGCGUCUGUACGGUCUCGUUCUUCUAGUGUAAGAUCUCGUGCCUCAAGUGUAGUCUCAACUAAGAGCGGUAAAGUAAGGAGUGUUUGCCUGGAUGGUCCUAGUCCAAAAAGAAUAAGAGAGGCAAUUGAGUCUUACUCAAAAGUUUCUACAAAACAUGUAGACCUCAGCACAGCAACUAUAGGAAUUCUAGUUUGCAAUAUAUAUGGAGAAGCUGCAGCGAGGAAUCUAAUUAACUUUGGUCAUAAUGUGGUUUGUUGGAGUCCUAGUAGAGCUGUAUGCAAAAGACUUGUACUACAUUCCCAGAGCAAAAAUCAAUAUUUCAAAGUAUAUGGAAGUCCUAGACAUGUGGCCGAAGAAUCAUCACUGAUUUUCAGCUUCAUGUCCACUGAAAAGGAAUUGAGCUCGAUUUAUACCGAACUAGGCCUCAACGAUUCAAAUAAUAAUUUAAUGUCUGGCAAAGCCUACAUAGAAAUGUCGCAGAUUGUGAAAUUAGACAGCAUUUUUGAAACCAUCGGGAAAAUGCAAACGAAAGAUGCGAGAUAUAUUGCAGCAAUGGUUCAAGGGACAAGACAAGAAUUCAUAGAUCGUGAUGCAGUCUUGUUAAUAGGUGGCGACUUCGAAGAGGUCAUGAGAGAAUUUAAAUCGUGUUUUUUCGCGCUGGCAAAAGAAUCUCGCUAUAUCGGAACCUUCGACAAGACUAUAAAGCUCCACGUGGUGCAAAAAACUAUUAAGGCCAUGAUGCUAGCUUCUCUAGUGGAAUCAUUGGUUGCGGUCGAACUGAAAACCCAAAACCUGGAACUAUUUACAAAAUAUUUUGAGAAAAUGGACUUUUAUAAUGAAUACCUUGGAAACAACGUUGAUGCAAUCUUGAACAAAAGAUUUAACGUCGUACAAGAGGACUACAACACUACUCAAGCAUGUUUGAGGAAUUCAAUAGCGACAUCCAAUAAGUGGUCUCUAUCUAUGACACAUACAGCGAGAACUAAUAAUAUUUUCCAAAAUGCCCGCCUUUCGGGAUUCGAGGGUAAAGAUGUUUGUUCUUUGUAUCUUUCCUUGUGCGACUCAGGUUGAUAGAUUAUGUUAAAUUGAAACUAGAAAAGUCUGAGUAUAUUGAUAUAGGCAAAUACACUAAUCAAAUACCAUAUGUCAUUCAUUAGGCUAAUAAUGGUUAGAUCCCAAAGGAAUUAAAAAAUAGUUAUAAAUUAGGUAUCGUCAUAAGUUUAGUGAUAAGUUGGAAUGGUUUGUUAUUACACAUAAAAUAGAGAUGGAAUAAUAUUAGCAGCCAAACAUGAAAAUUAAAUUUAGUGUAAUUUUAACCUAUUUUAAUUUGUUUAGUUUUUAGAUCAUGCUUUGUCAAUAGAUUUUUUUUCUUAGAUAAUAAAAUAUAAUAUGACUAUGACUACUAUUUUUAGUGUACUUGAAUGUAGAUGUAAUUUUCGUAACAGAACUGAUUUAAACACACCAUUUUUUUUUUAAUACAGGGUGUUCCAAGAAAGAGCACCUUUCAGUCUUGUGCUUUAAGGUCACAGAAUUAUUUGUGGUGAAAAAUCAAAACCAACUUCUCUUGUAAGAUUUUCCGUUUCCAUCUCUUCCCGCCGUGAAUUUCUAAAAAAACUUUCUUCCAAAUAUGACCCACAUAUCCAGACUCAGUCUCCGAGAGUCUAAUUUUCAGGAUAUUCCAUAAUAAAUAAUGAAACCAAAAGAAAGUCAAAUUCUGUUUAUUUAAUAAUAACAGCAAAAUACAAAGUUUUCUCAUGUAUUCAUAAAAAUCAAUAUUUUCCUCCAAAAAAUUAAAAAUAACCAAAAAUUGUUUAUCUUCUAUCUGUUUUUCCAGUGCCUCGUUUGCCAGAGAACAAAUGCUUAGGCAUUUUAGUUCCAAUAAAUCUGUCAGCUUCACCCUUGAGACCCAUCCUGCCCACCUUCUUACUGAUCGCCCUGUGGGCAAUCUGCGCCAACUUCUUUUUCAUGGCAAGAUCCUUGAUACCUUGUUCGUUCCUUGGAGGUUUAACCAUGGCCCUCGAUUGGCUGAGCGAUCUGUUAGUAUCCAUAUCCAUACGGGCUUUCUUUGCUACUGUACCUCCUACUACAGACCUGAUUUUCUGUUUGGUUUUGGUAAAGUUUGCUUCUGUGCUUCCUGACAUGUCAACACCAAGAGUUUCCAUGCUCUUACGUAAUUUUUGAACAGAACGGUCUCUAACCUAUAACAAAAAAAAAAAAAAAAAUUAAUUAUCUUAGGUCUAUUUGAAUUGACUAAUUAGUUACCUUUGCUCCUGUGGUACGUGGUACAACAGGUUUUCUGCUCUGCUUGUUGAUUCUAGCCUCGUCCUUGAGUAUUGCCUUUUUGUGUCUGAUUUGCAAAGCCAAUUUUUUGAUUUCUUGCAUGGUUUCGUCCAGCUCGAUCUUGGGUACCACAUACAUGCCAGUUUCUUCUCUGAUUUCUUCUUCCUUUUCCAGUUCUGCUAACUUUUCGAAUAUUUCCAGAUCAAUGUAGUCGGCUAUAUUGUGACCUUCCCAGAUUUCUGGUAGAAUAUCGUGUCUUUCAU